AUGCUCUUAUGCAAAAUGUGUUUUCCAGAUCCAUGUCUGGCAUUACUAAUACGUUCUUGAAAAAGUAUUUGCAUCCUCAAAAGAAGGUUUUCUACCUAGGAAGUAAAAAUGGAUUUGCAGUUUAUUAAGGAAACAGUUUUACUCUCCAUGGCUAUGGUUGGCAUUCUGGGGAAUGUGUCUGUUUCUGUGAAUUACAUGUUCAGUUGGUGGGGAAGCCCUGAGAAGAAAGCUGUACACCUUAUCCUCACUCACCUGGCUUUUACAAACAUCAUACUUCUGCUUACAAAAGGAUUGCAAAAGACAAUAACAGUUUUUGGUUUGAGAAACUUCCUGGAUGAUAAAGGAUGUAAGAUCAUUGUUUACCUGGAAAGGGUGGCCCGUGGUCUCUCCAUCUGCACCAGCAGUCUCCUCACUGUGGUCCAGGCCAUCAUCAUCAGUCCCAGAGCAUCUGGGUGGAGGAGGCUCAGACCAAAGUCUGCAUGGCACAUCCUUCCAUUCUUCACAUUCUUUUGGAUAUCCAAUGCUUUGAUAAGUACAAACCUAAUCCAUUCCAUCAGAAGUACAAGCCUGAAUAUGUCACAGCUUAAGAACGGUGACAACUAUUGCUAUUUUACACUAGAAAGUCAGAAAAUAAAACGGAUUGUUCUCCCUCUCAUGGUUCUGAGAGAUGCAGUGUUUCAGGGUGCCAUGGGAGGGGCCAGUGGCUACAUGGUAUUUCUCCUCCACAAGCACCACCAGCAUGUCCUCUACCUGCAGAACUCCAAGCUUCUCUACAGAACUCCCCCUGAGCUGAGAGCUGCCCAGAGUGUCCUCCUUCUGAUGCUCUGUUUUGUUUUCUUCUCCUGCACAGAUUGUGCCUUUUCUCUGUUUCUAAGUCUCUCUUUAGGGGACUGUUUGUUGAUGGUAAAUAUUCUUGAAUUUGUGACCCCUGUUUAUGCGAUUUUCAGCCCCUUUGUGCUAAUUCACAGGGAUGGUCUUCUGAGUGAAUGUUGCCAUGCACGCUGGAGAUGA